AACCCCUUCACACUCACUUUCUCUCUCUACAAACCCUUUAUCACUUUCUCUCUCUAAAAAAAUGUCUACAAGCACCGAUCAUCACGAAGAGGAAGAUGUUCCCGCCGGCGAUGAAGAAGACACCGGCGCUCAAAUCGCUCCGAUCAUCCAACUUCAUGAAGUCGCUGUUUCUACUGGUGAAGAAGAUGAAGAAGCUAUUCUCGACCUAAAAGCGAAACUGUACCGAUUUGACAAGGUAGGGAAUCAAUGGAAGGAACGAGGGGCAGGAACUGUUAAGUUUUUGAAGCAUAAGGUUACUGGAAAAGUUAGGCUUGUUAUGAGACAAUCAAAGACUCUUAAGAUCUGUGCUAAUCAUCUCAUUUUGCCUAAAAUGACUGUGCAAGAGCAUGCUGGGAAUGAGAAAUCUUGUGUUUGGCACGCGAAGGACUUUGCUGAUGGUGAAUUGAAAGACGAGUUUUUCUGCAUUCGAUUUGCGUCAAUUGAAAAUUGCAGAAAGUUCAUAGAGACAUUUCAAGAAAUUGCUGAAUCCCUGAACAAAGAGGAAAGCAAGGAUGCAUCCACUGCUGCUGAUCUCCUUGAGAAUUUGAGUGUUGAAGGGAAAGCAGAUGCAGAAAAGAAAGAUAAAGAGAAAUCUGAGGAGAAAACUAAGGAGAAAGAGACACCAGAAAAAGAAAGCAAGGAAGAUACAGAAAAGAAAGUUGAAGAGCCUGCUUCAUCUGCUUGAUUAUGAUAUGUUCAUAUUUUCGACAAGGCAAUAUGGAAAAGUUUGGUGGUUGACCUUCGUGCCACUCUUAUCAAUACUCUCUCAUAGUACUAGUCUUCAGGUUGUUUUGUUGCUACGUUAUUGAGUGGUUGAUAUCCUUCGUUGAAUUAUUGUCAGCAAGGUUGGUUUUUUGAGUCGGGUUUGAAUCAUUGAGAUUGGCGCUUUUGGUCUAUGGGUCUAUGGGAGUUGUUAUUUUCGUUCUAUUCAUUUAUUUAGUCGAAAUUUGAAUGAGUCAUGUUGGUUUGGUGUCGGGGAUGGGGAGGGUGCAGUCGGGAAAAAUUAGUAGUAAGUACAAACAAAGGUUUUGAAUGCAUAUUAUUGAGUAUAACAUUUUAUAGACUCAAAUCACUGGUACAUAACUCACUCUAUUCAUGUAUUUUCGUA